AUGGCAAACCCUGAAUCCCUUUUGCUGACGAAAAAACUAGAAGGCAAAGUUGCCAUUGUCACUGGUGGUGCUAGUGGCAUUGGGGAGGCGACUGCGAGUCUUUUUGCCGAUCAUGGUGCACGGGCAGUUGUGAUUGCUGAUAUACACGAUGAGAAAGGUCAAACGGUGGUUGAAUCCAUUGGCACAGAGAGGUGCAGCUACGUGCGUUGUGAUGUUAGUGAUGAAGAACAAGUAAAGGCCAUGGUGAAUUGGACAGUUGAAAAAUAUGGCCAACUUGAUAUUAUGUUUAGCAAUGCAGGAAUAGUCAACUUACGUGGAAUGGCAGCUUGUAUAAAGCACGCAGCGCGAGUGAUGGUGGAGAAGCAUGUCCGGGGGACCAUUGUGUGUACUGCCAGUGUGGCCGCCACCAGAGGGGCUAUGCACCGGACCGACUAUGCCAUGUCAAAGCACGCAGUUUUAGGAUUAGUCCGAUCAGCCAGUCGACAAUUAGGGGAGUACGGAAUUAGAGUAAACAGCGUGUCACCGUCUGCCGUAGUAACUCCAUUGACAUGUGAAGCCAACCAGAUGACUCUGAAAGAUGUUGAGAAAUUAUAUGAAAAUUCUUUUGUGCCAUUGACUAGUUUGAAAGGAAUUGUAUUAACAGUUAGACACAUAGCAGAAGCUGUAUUGUUUCUCGUCUCAGACAACUCAGCUUUCGUGACUGGGCAUGACUUGGUGGUGGAUGGUGGCCUGAAUGGCCUUCCCCAUCGAAACUGA